UGAGCCACAGCACCUGGCCAACUAUAGUGCAUUCUUUAUACAAACGAGGGGGAAAUAAGCAUAUGGAAAGUGCCUAGCGCAGUGUCAAGCACAUAGUAGGUGCUCGGAGCCUGUCAGCUAGCGCUAAACGUCUGCAAAGCCUGUAUUUAAAGAGAGGCCUAAAAGCCGCGGACAUCGCCACGCCCACUGCCCUCGGUGUCUCGUGAGCCGCGUCUGCCGGCCUGCUCUCCCUGUGCGUCUGCGCAAGCGGCCUGCGUAUUCGCUUCCCGUUUAGUUUGGUCCUGACCGUGCGCCGUCCAAGGCUCCAUUGGUUGUCAUAGAGACAGGCGAGCGCUGGGCCUGUAGGCGCCGAGGACCGAGCAGCUGCGACCCGUGGCUCCUGGGGACCUGAGCGUCAUGUCUUUCCGCGACCUCCGCAAUUUCACAGAGAUGAUGAGAGCGCUGGGAUACCCUCGACAUAUCUCUAUGGAAAAUUUCCGAACACCCAAUUUUGGACUUGUAUCUGAAGUGCUUCUCUGGCUUGUGAAAAGAUAUGAGCCCCAGACUGACAUCCCGCCUGAUGUGGACACUGAACAGGACCGAGUUUUCUUCAUUAAAGCAAUUGCCCAGUUCAUGAUUGCAGAUUUGAAGGCAGCCAGGCAGCUUGCUUCUGAAAUCACCUCCAAAGGAGCAUCCCUGUAUGACUUGCUCGGCAUGGAAGUAGAGUUGAGGGAAAUGAGAACAGAAGCCAUUGCCAGACCUUUGGAAAUAAAUGAGACUGAAAAAGUGAUGAAAAUUGCAAUAAAAGAGAUUUUGACACAGGUUCAGAAGACCAAAGACCUGCUCAAUAAUGUGGCCUCUGAUGAAGCUAAUUUAGAAGCCAAAAUUGAAAAGAGAAAAUUAGAACUGGAAAGGAAUCGGAAGCGACUAGAGACUCUGCAGAGUGUCAGGCCAUGCUUUAUGGAUGAGUAUGAGAAGGUUGAGGAAGAAUUACAAAAGCAGUAUGACAUUUAUCUGGAGAAAUUUCAAAAUCUGACUUACCUGGAACAACAGCUUGAAGACCACCAUAGGAUGGAGCAAGAAAGAUUUGAGGAGGCUAAAAACACCCUCUGCCUGAUACAGAACAAGCUCAAGGAGGAAGAGAAGCGCCUGCUCAAGAGUGGAAGUAAUGAUGACUCGGACGUAGACAUCCAGGAGGACGAUGAAUCUGACAGUGAGUUGGAAGAGAGGCGGCUGUCGAAGCCGCGGACAGCCAUGGAGGUGCUCAUGCAAGGUUUUUAUGACUUCUUCAUGCUUUUGUUGUUCUCAGGAAGACCCAGCAAACGCAUCGUGGGCACGAUGCAAGGUGGAGACUCCGAUGACAAUAUGGAAGCAGCACCAGCUCUGUUAGGUAAAUGCAAGACUUCCAGCUCCAAGAAGCAGGAGGACUCGGAGGACAGUGAAAUUGACAUGGAAGAUGAUGAUGAGGAUGAAGAUUUGGAAGAUGAGAGCAUUGCUCUCUCGCCAACCAAGCCCAAUCGAAGGGUCAAGAAACCCGAACCCCUGGAUGACAGUGACAACGACUUCUGACCUUCUUGCCAAGGGACCCAGGCAGAUUAAAAUCCUCAGAUAUGUAGGUAAAUGGGAACUUAGAAGGUUAGGAAGGUGACGCCUGUUUUGUUCACUAAGCUGGCUGGACUCAAUGAAUACUGAAGCAAUACUUAUUUCUGCCUUAGCCUUCUAUGUUUGCAUUCCAUGAAGCUUAAAUAAGAAUUGAAGCAAAUCUAAGUUUAUUUUUCUUUUUCACCUUAUUUAUCUCCUAAAACUUGAGGAAUGUGUGUGUUGUUAGUGAUUCACAUCCACGGGACAAAAACUCAAGGAGAAAUAAGAGCUGAUGCCACGCAAGUCUUGGCUGCCUUUGUUACUAUACGUUUUCUUUGAGAGUCUAACAGACUUGGGGCUGGAGCUUGGCACUGGGACUUGUGUUCGGAAUGGUAGAGGAACAUCUGGCUGUUAAUCACUUGAACAGUUUAGAACAUUUCCUGUACAUCGACUUUUAAUUGUAGCCCUUAUUUCAUUUUGUAGUCUUAUUUUCUUUCUUCUGCAUGUUCACCAUACCAAGCAUUGAAUGUAUUUUAAUAACUAAAAUUUGCUGAAAGAAGGUUAGCUAAAA